GGAAAUUGUUAUUUUUGCGCACAUGUAUUGGAAAUUUAAUUUUCAAUUUAUAAAACUAAAUUCGCAGAAACCAAAUAACAAGAGUAGUGAGUAAGAAGAAGAACCACUGUCCAAGCCAUCUGCCGUCUCUUUUGCUUAUUCAGAGGAUUGAGCAGAAUCAACAAGCAGGAAAAGAAUGGCAGAUGAAGCAGUCAGAAGUGCAUUUAUGGAAAUUCAAGGUCGGAUGAUUGAGACUACUGGGAAGUUGAAGCAGGUCCAAAAUCAGAUGCGAAAUAAAGAAACGGAGAAGAAGAGGGCUUACUUGACUUUGGAGGAACUUAAGCAGCUAUCUGAUGAUACAAAUACAUACAAAUCUAUUGGCAGAACGUUUGUAUUGGAGCCAAAAUCAGCUUUGAUGGAAGAACAAGAAGGAAAGUUUAAGGAUAGUGAGGCUGCUAUUUCCUCUUUGCAGACCUCGAAGGAGUACUUAGAAAAGCAGAUGGCUGAGAUCGAGACGAACCUAAGGGAGCUUCUGCAACAAGACCCUGCUCUUGCUCGUCAGAUAAUGUCUAUGUCCAUGUAAUGAUGCAAGUCUGGUUUGCUCGAAUUCUUAAGCCUUGUAGCAGAUUUUUGACUUCUCUAAGCAGUAAUCUUGACCGUUACUAUCUUUUUUCGCCACUCUUGUUUACUCCCCUUGGCGCGUGGGCGUUGUAAUAAUGUCCAGUUCCUGGUUUACAUACAUUUGGGGAAUAGAUUGCAAAGCUACAUUGUCUUUAUAAUUGUUGAAGACUUGCUGUUAUCAUCAUUUUCAUUUGUUAGUGAAUUUCUAUUUUCA